AUGGUCAAUAUCACCACCCAGCCUCACCUGCACUGUUGUGCCACUUGCAAAGCCGCCGUAUCCGAUGACCCUUUCGGUCAGCUCGUGCAAGAGAUCCGCCAGUACUUAGGUCCAUCUUCCGGCAUCGACUCGGCCCAUGUCGACCCCGACCAUAUCAAAGCCAUCAUGGCCAAAUACACAUCCAACCUAAAGCACUGGGAGCGUUAUGCUCGCGCAGAUAAGAGUAGAGGAUACACACGGAAUAUUGUCGAUAAUGUCAACGGCAAAGCAAACUUGAUACUUAUCGUCUGGAACCCCGGCAAAGGCAGUCUGAUUCACGAUCACGCCGAUGCCCACUGUAUCAUGAAGAUUCUCAAAGGCAACCUGACUGAGACCAUCUACGAGAAGCCUGAAUCUGGGGACACUUCUGUCCAUCCGCUGCAAGUCAAGAAAGAAACCGUCUACCAUCCUGACGAGGUUACCUACAUCUCCGACCAGAUCGGCCUUCACCGCGUCUUCAACCCCAACCCUACACAGCCGGCCAUGUCGCUGCAUCUAUACACGCCUCCUAAUGCUGCCGAAUUCGGCUUCCACGUCUACGAUGAGCGAACGAGCAAGAGCUCCUUCGUCCCGCCUCAGUACUGA